ACUAAAACAUUUUCACCGGUUACUGGUGAGUUACGGAAUAGGUUUGUGCACUUUUUAUCACCACCUCUAGAUGGUGGAAUUAGCUAGUUGUGCUGAACUUCUUAUUAAAACUGUUUAUUUAGAAUUGUCCUCUUAUCAAUACCUCCUGCUUUUGGGUGCCUUCAGUGGUCGUGCUGAUGUUUCACAGGAUAUGGGUAAUAAUGAUUGUUUUGAGAUUGUUUACCUAACGCUGAUUUGUAAAGCACUUGCUGAACAUGUAGUGCACUAACUUAGAACCCCAGAUGUAGGAAGAUAAUUAUUAACCAUAUUUAUUUCCAUAUUGCCAUCAUUCCCAGUCUCUCUCUCUCUGUCUCUCUCUAUUCUGCAAUUUCUGCCUUAUUCCUUAUUAAGAAUAAUGGUCAUUUACAGUUUAAAAAAAAAAGGUAUUUAUGGGUAAUCAGUCAGUUUUAAUUGUAGUAAUAGACAUAGACAUUUAAAUAAAUAAAUAAUAUAUAAUUUUGUAGCAUUCAAAUUUUUCGAUCUGAUCCUGUGUAUUUCUAAUCAGGAGCUGGAGCACAAAGUCAUCACUCUGAUAAAGAAUGAGCUGAACAGUUUUAGGAGCUCCUAAGUCCAGAUACCCAGCAUGCACUGAAAGGGAGGUGGAGGAUGAGGAGGAUCUGCACAGUGUCCGAGAGGGAGCGCUGAAGUUCACACUGCACAUCCUGUAGAACAUGAACCACACGGAUCUCGCGAACACACUGUGCAACGAGUCUCUGGUCUCUGUGUAUCAGCCAAAGUUCCAAUCCAACCUGAGAGAGACGGUUUUAAGAAUUAACGAAGGAAACUCACACGGAUGCUCAGUACGUCUGAAUGAGAUCUACACAAAGCUCUACAUCACAGAGGGUCGGAGCGGAGACGUCAGUUAUGAACACGAGGAUAUUUUUGGUCUAAACUAUUCACGUGGUGGAUCUUCAAGUGUCGGCUGUCUGAAGGCGGAUGUCACCGUGUUGUACAGAAUGUGGAGAGAUAUUACAGUAGCAGCGAUCCUCAUGUUACUGACAGGCAUUCAGGCUCAGCACAGUGUAGCUCUCUAUUCUCAGAGUCUCUGUGUUGUUACUGGAUCUACAGUAAAAAUCCCCUGUAAAUUUACACCUGGUCACUCCAGUGUCAGACAGAGAGAGUGGUAUCGAGUCCAGAGCUCUGAAGGAGAACCACGAGACCUGAGGAAAGAUCCACAAUACUCAGGACGAGUGUCUGUAAGCACAGUGGCGUCUUCCUGUGAGCUGACAGUGAGGAAUGUGAGAGUGAGUGACUCUGGAGUUUAUAACUUCAGAUUUAAAACACAGAGCAGUGACUGGAUAGCAGCCUCAUCUGGAGUUCAUCUAACUGUUACAGAUCUGAAGGUUACAGUAUCAGACAUGUACAGCUGGAUCAAGAAGCUGAGCUCCAUCACCACCUGCACUCUGUCUAACAACCCCACUUACAUCUGGUACAAGAACGGACAGCGUGUUACUGACCAGGACAGAAAUUAUCUGUAUGUCAGUAGUGAGGAUGCAGGCAGCUACUCCUGUGCUGUAAGAGGACAUGAGGAGCUUCGCUCUCCUGCUGUCUGUGUUUUUGAUGAGAAGAGCUGCUGGAGUGUGACGUACUCCACCCAGACUAUCUGCUCUCUGAUUGGCUCGUCAGUGGACAUACACAGUAAUUUCACCUUCCCUAAUCGUUACAAGGUCACAGAAGUGUUCUGGUUCAUUAAAGAGCAGGCUGGUGCUGAAUCUGGGGAUGUGAGAGAUGAUGAGGAGUAUCAGGGCCGAGUGCAGUACACACAGAUCUCCCAGAAUAACUGUAGACUGAGAAUCACUAACCUGAGAGAGAGAGACGCUCAAACAUACAGAUUCAGAUUCUACACUAAUGAUCCUACAGGCAAAUACACUGGUGAUCCUGGAGUCUCUCUGUCUGUCACAGAUCUGAAGGUUACAGUAUCAGACUGGAGUGAGCAGUACAUGAAUCUGAGCUGCAUCACCACCUGCACUCUGUCUAACAUCCCCACUUACAUCUGGUACAAGAACGGACAGCGUGUGUCUGGGUGUAAAUCUGCCUCCUGCUCUGUAGCUGCAGUCGGUGGUGCGGUCAGUUACAGCUGUGCUGUUGAAGGCCAUGACAGUCUCCUCUCUCCUCCAGUGUAUUCCCCUAAAAACACCAGCGCAGUGGUUCUUUCCUCUGGAGACACAGUGGAGGGGGAUUCAGUGACUCUGAGCUGCAGCAGUGAUGCAAACCCUCCUGUUCUCACCUACUCCUGGUUUAAACAGAGAGCAGCUGCAGACACACUGCUGACAACAGGCCAGAAUUACAGCAUCAGCACCAUCAGCUCCCAGCACAGCGGACUGUACUACUGCACUGCUCACAACCAGCUGGGACAGCACACCUCUAGACCAACACACCUGGAUGUGAAGGGUAAAUGUACACAGACACACCUGGAUGUGUUGGGUGACUCUACACAGACACACCUGGAUGUGAUAGGUGAUGAGGAGAGCUCAGCGAAGGUGUGGAAGCUGCAUGCUGUAUGGGGAGCUGCUGCACUCGUUCCUGCUCUGCUUCUCUCUCUUCUUACUGCCGUUCUGUGCAUUAAGAGGAAGAGAGGAGCAGAGAGAGACACAGACAUUCAGAGUGUUCCAAAGCCUGGAGAUGACACAUACACAGCACUGAACCCCAUGAAUACGUCCCCGGAUUAUGACACUCUGCAAAAUGUUAAAAGCUCUGCCAGUGACACUUACACAACCCUGAACCCUGCGACCGUGUCCUCUGAUUAUGACACGCUGACAGGUGGCUAUUCGACUCAGUGAGGAGAAGUACUCCAGAACUGCAGAAUGAGAACUAACGGUUGACUUUGGUUAGUAACGGCUCAGGAAGGAUACUCAGGGUGAGAGUUUUAGGAUUAGAGUUGAGGAUUAGAGUUAAACAGCAUCAAGACGUCACAACAAACUCAUUUCUGUCUUAAUUAAGUGUCAUUCGUUUAUGUUAUUCAAGCAGCUCCUUUAGUUUCUCAGUUGUCUUUUCGCACAUUUAAUGUAUUACACACACACAUACACAUAUAGUGUGUGUAGCAUCCUGGGAUCAUCCUUCACGUUUUCUACUAUAUCUAUCUCUCCAGCUUUUUCUCAUCAUCGCCUCUUCACUCGCUUGAUCUCUGUUCACGCUGACAUCAGUGGGGAAAUAAUCACUGAUUCAAUCCAUCAGCUCUGAUCUGUUGGUUAAAUUUCUUGUUACUGUCUUACAACUUUGUUCGCUCUUAUCUGAUCCUAUUUGUUAUUUUCAUGUGUUGUAAAACUACAGUGAAAAGCUGGUUAAUGAUGAUGAUAACUGAUAAUGAAUGAUAAUAUCAAUGAUAAUAUCAUCGUUUCCAUCAACGUGAAUUCUGCUAUGUCGGAUCUGUUACUGUACAAUGCUUGAAAUGUUUCUACGUACAAGAAUAAAAUUGAGCUUAUGAGA